AUGAAGACCAGCAUCCUGCUUAUGUCCCUUUGGGGGUUGUCCUGUGCUCUCCCAGUAACCAGGUAUCAAAAUACUGACUCCAAGAGCUCUGAAGAAUGGAAGGGUCACUUGGCUCAGACACCAACACCACCUUUGGAGAGCAGUGAGUCAUCAGAAGAGAGUAAAGUUAACUCAGAGGAACAGGCAAAUGAAGUCCCCAGUGACAGUGCCGAAUCAGAGGAGGGCCUUGAUGACCAUCAAUAUGUGUAUAGACCAGCUAGUGGCCUUUCUAGGAGCGGAGGGAAAGAAGGAUAUGAUAAAGAUGAUGAUGAAGAUGACAGUGGAGAUGACACCUUUGGUGAUGAUGACAAUGGCCCAGGACCUGAAGAGAAACACGGAGGAAACUCCAGAUUCAGAAGUGAUGAGGACUCUGCCGACAGCACACAAUCCAGGGAAGAUAGCAGCCCACAAGGGGAAGACAGUGCCCAAGAUACCACCAGUGAGAGCAGGGACUUUGACUAUGAGCACGAGGUAUACAGCAGGCCUGAGGGAGAUGACUCAACUCAAGAGAGUGAGAGUGAGGAGCACUGGGGGGGAGGCGGCAGUGAGGGGGAUAGUAGCCAUGGGGAUGGCUCUGAGUUUGAUGAUGAAGGAAUGCAGAGUGAUGAUCCAGACAUCAGGAGUGAGAGAAGCAACUCCAGAAUGAACACUGCCAGCGUCAAAUCAAAAGAAUCAAAAGAGAACAAUGAUGAUCAAGCAAGCACUCAGGAUUCAGGUGAGAGCCUAUUAGUGGAGUAUCCCAGCAGGAAAUUUUUCAGAAAGUCCCGCGUUUCUGUGGAAGAUGACAGAGGUGAGCUUGAUGACAACAACACAGUGGAAGAAGUCAAGAGUGACUCCACAGAAAACACCAACUCCAAAGAAGCUGGCCUCAGCCAAUCCAGGGAAAACAGCAAGAGUGAAUCUCAAGAAGACAGCGAUGAGAAUCAGUCCCAGGAAGACAGUCAAAAUGUCCAAGACCCCAGCAAUGAGUCUAGUCAAGAGGUUGACUUGCCAUCUCAAGAAAACAGUAGUGAAUCUCAGGAAGAGGUAGUGAGUGAGCCCCGGGGUGACAACCCGGAUAACACCACCAGUCACUCAGAUGAAGAUCAGGAAGAUAGUGACUUCAAUGAAGAGGAUGGCUUGAAUAAAUCCUCCAAUUCAGAAAGCAAAUCCAGAGAGGAGCAAGCUGACAGUGAGUCCAAUGAGAGCCUCCAAUUCUCGGAGGAAAGCCCGGAAUCCACUGAGGAGGAGAACAGUUCUAGCCAGGAGGGCCUCCAGUCUCACAGUGCCUCCACAGAGAGCCAGAGCGAGGAAAGCCAGUCAGAGCAGGACAGCCAGUCUGAGGAAGAUGAUGGCAGUGACUCUCAAGAUAGCAGUAAAUCAAAAGAAGACAGCAACUCUACUGAGAGCAAAUCAAGCAGCGAGGAAGAUGGUCAGGUGAAAAACACUGAGAUAGAAAGCAGAAAAUUGACAGUCGAUGCUUAUCACAACAAACCCAUUGGGGAUCAAGAUGAUAAUGACUGCCAAGAUGGCUAUUAG